GCGAGUUUGACCACCAAAAUGGCGGACGCUAUGGAUGAAUUUGAGAAAGAGGCUGGAUGCGUCCCUAUUCUUCAUCCAGAGGAGUUAAAGCCUCAGGGUCACUAUAACCAUGGCUACAGUGAGACUGUUAGUCGCAAGAGCCAUGUGGAUGACUACAGCACCUGGGAUAUUGUCAAAGCCACCCAGUAUGGGAUAUUUGAGAGGUGUCGGGAGCUGGUGGAAGCAGGGUAUGAUGUCCGUCAGCCAGAUAAAGAGAACGUCACACUCUUGCACUGGGCUGCCAUCAAUAAUCGCCUAGAUCUUGUAAAAUACUACAUUUCCAAAGGUGCCAUAGUGGACCAGCUCGGAGGAGACCUCAAUUCAACACCUCUGCACUGGGCUACAAGACAGGGCCAUCUCUCUAUGGUGGUCCAACUGAUGAAGUAUGGGGCAGACCCAUCUCUGAUUGAUGGAGAGGGCUGUAGCUGUGUGCACCUGGCAGCCCAAUUUGGACACACCUCUAUUGUGGCUUACCUCAUAGCUAAAGGACAGGAUGUUGAUAUGAUGGACCAAAAUGGUAUGACUCCUUUGAUGUGGGCUGCCUAUCGUACACACAGUGUGGACCCAACUCGUUUAUUGUUGACGUUUAACGUGUCUGUGAAUCUUGGUGACAAGUACCAUAAGAACACUGCACUGCACUGGGCUGUGCUGGCAGGUAACACUACUGUGAUCAGCCUGCUGCUGGAGUCCUGCGCUAAUGUAGAUGCACAGAAUAUUAAGGGAGAAACACCUCUGGACCUGGCAAAACAGAGGAAAAAUGUGUGGAUGAUUAACCAUCUGCAGGAAGCCAGACAGGCCAAAGGCUAUGAUAGCCCCUCAUACCUGAAAAGGCUUAAAAUGGACAAGGAGUUCCGUCAGAAGGUGAUGUUGGGUACACCAUUCGUGGUGAUCUGGUUGGUGGGCUUCAUUGCUGACCUGGACAUUGAUUCCUGGCUCAUAAAGGGAAUCAUGUAUGCAGCAGUGUGGCUUGCUGUGCAGUUCCUCUCCAAAUCUUUCUUUGAUCACUCCAUGCAUAGUGCCCUGCCCCUGGGAAUCUAUUUGGCAACAAAAUUCUGGAUGUACAUCACCUGGUUCUACUGGUUCUGGAAUAAUCUACCAUUUGUUACCAUCCACCUGCCCUUCCUGCUCAAUAGCCUCGCUCUCUUCUACAACUUUGGGAAGUCUUGGAAGUCUGACCCUGGAAUAAUCAAAGCUUCUGAGGAGCAAAAGAAAAAGACUAUUGUAGAGUUGGCAGAGACAGGAAGUCUGGAUCUGAGCAUAUUUUGCAGUACCUGUUUAAUACGGAAGCCCAUCAGGUCCAAGCACUGUGCAGUGUGCAACCGAUGCAUUGCCAAGUUUGAUCACCAUUGCCCAUGGGUAGGAAACUGUGUAGGAAGUGGGAAUCACAGAUAUUUCAUGGGCUACUUGUUCUUUCUGCUGUGUAUGAUCUGCUGGAUGAUGUAUGGCUGCAUUUGCUACUGGAAAAUCCACUGUGCAACCAGUUACGGUAAAGAUGGUAUCUGGAUCUACAUUACACAGAUUGCCACAUGCUCUCCCUGGAUGUUCUGGAUGUUUCUGAAUAGUGUUUUCCAUUUCAUGUGGGUGGCAGUCCUCAUUAUGUGCCAGUUGUACCAGAUUGCUGGUCUGGGCAUCACUACAAAUGAACGGAUGAAUGCCAGGCGGUAUAAGCACUUCAAGGUCACAGCCACAUCGAUCGAGAGCCCGUUCAAUCAUGGGUGUAUGCGAAACCUCAUAGACUUCUUUGAGCUGCGCUGCUGUGGUCUGCUGCGGCCUGUCGUUGUAGACUGGACAUCCCAGUACAUAAUAGAAUAUGACCAGACCUCUGGGUCAGGCUACCAGCUUGUGUAACACAGCCAAGGAGCAAGAGAGAAAAUUGGAGGAAGAAGGAAGGAAGAGGUGUUCCAACAUUUGGAAUUGAAGCACCACAGCAUGGGGGCGGCGGCACUUGCCUGGACCAUCUCCUUCACCAAGAAACUGCAAAAUCCAAUCAGCAGUAGCAUGCUGUUAAAAGCCACUGCCACCAACCUAACACAGUCCUGCUCCUUUUCCACAUAGCUACUGCAGCUCCAGCCAACAAACACUUCACAAUGCUCAGCCAGGGGUGGGAGGUAUAUCCUCUACUGUGCGUCAGAACCCUUUAAGUGUUGCUUACAUAUUCAUUUGGUUGGCCUUGUUACAGAGUUUAUUUCAUAGUUUUUGUUUUGUUAGGUUGAGUUUGUGUGCUCCUGGCUAAGUGUGGAAAUUAAGUUUGGGAUGGUUUGGGAUCAUGUCUGUGAUGAUAAAGGUUUAUGGCAUCAUAUCUGGUAUUCAGGUGAUUAAAAAGUCUUGGUAGGUGCUUCUACUUAGAUAUGACUUAGUCCUGAUGAUAGUGCUGUUUUCUCACCCUGAUGCACUGACUGGCAAAAGUAUUCAGAUUAAAGUGGCUUUGUAUUACAAAUAAUUUUAUUUAACAAUUACAUUAAUACAUAUGGUUGGGCUGUAAAAUGUAAUGAAUUUAGUUUGUUAUUCAUAGUAUGUGAAUACUUUUGCAAGGCAGUAUUUAUCUCCACUUGAUAAUGUGACAAUAUUUAUUUUAAACCUAUUUAAUAUUUUCUAAAAUUAUGAUUUUAUGAUACCAUGUGUUUCUAAUAGACUUUUUUGAGGUCAUGGUCUUUUCAUUGUGUGUUUUAAUAGAUGUGCAGUAACAUAUCUCAGAGAUUGCAGGAAAGGGGAAAAAUGUCAUAUACCUAUAUGACUGUUCUGUAAUCCCUGUUUGGGUGACUCAUUAUAUAUAGGUGACCCAUUACAAAUAGGUGACCCAUCACAUAUAGGACCUGAAACCUGGACUCUCAGAAUGAAAUGCUUGCAUAAAAGAAAGGCUCCUUUUAGCUAUUUCAUUUUUGUUCUAUUAAACUUAUCUCACAUAUAUAUAUAAAAAAUAUAAUGUGUGUGUAUAUAGAAACAUCAAAGGUCUGUUUUUUGUUUCCCUGCCAAAGACAAUGCACUGAUUAUCUUUGGGCUCCUUGGCUAUUACUGAAAAUCCAGGCUUGUUUUCUGCCACUCCUGAAAGAGCUCAAUCCAUGAUUAUGCAGAGGCAGACCCUCCCCUGCUCUCCUUAACUUCAGCUUCUGGUUUGAGUGGCAGGUGGACUGUCAGCAGCCACGAACACAGUGAACUGAUGUAAAAAAUAUGCAUCUGUACAUACACAACUUAGAUUUUUGUGAGUGGCUUUUUUUUUGUCAGUGUUAGCUUAAGAUGCACCUUAUUUUCUAUUUGUUUAAUUUUAAUGUUACCAAAUAGAGUGGGGGGGAAAAAAAACAACUAACUCAAGUUUAUGACUGUAGCUUUUAGUGGUGUGUGCCACAGCUGUGUAUAGGCAUUUUAACUUGUGCAUAUCCAGUGCAUGUGCAAAGAUUGAAUAUGGGGCUGUUGCUAUAGUGAUCGUCAUCUUCCCUUCUGCCCCAGAACCUGCCCCCCAGGCAUCUGUACAUAGUAACUGUUCAGUAUUUGCAAGGGUUGUUUUUUUAUCACUUUAAAUCCAGUUCAUCUAUCAUUAGUAUGUGUCGUUCAUAGGCCCUUCGUGUAUGUCCUGGCUAAGUGCGAAACUGAACUAAAUUUUGGAUAGUUGGGGAUCAUGUCGGCGACAAGGGUCUUAUGUUUGUCAAUCCUGUAGACUGAUGUAUUUGAAUGUUUCAUACAUAUUAAUAGUCAAAUGGGAGAGUUUCUUUGUCAGUUUGCCUGAUUUGUUUUCCCACUGGAUGUACAAAUGUAGAGGAUUUGAGGACCAUACAAUCGCAUCUGUCAACUAUUUUCAGAACACUGCAUAGAAUUAUUUCUGUGCAAGGAUGGCAAGAUCGAAGCCGUUGCUGAAACACUGCAGUUUUAAAGUCCAAAAGGGGCGGGGGGGGUCCAUUCAUACCAGAUGCAUUUGAUGUGUGAAAUGCUGUCAUCCAGCGAGAUGGAACAAAACAGCACAAGAGGAUAAUAAAAUUAUAAGGAAAUAUUUUA